CUCUUAACCGGAGAUUGAGGAUGUGAGGACUAAGGAUGGCAAUUCAGCUGAAACAAAUUCGUUCAUUGUCGUUCAAAUCCCAUAAUAAUUUCCUUAAUCCACCACUUCCGGUCACCAAUAUCAGUUUUAGCAGUUUACAAGUAAACGCAAUUUCAGGCAAAACCCAACAACUGAUAGAAUCAGGCAUAGUGAAACCGAUAUUACCAAAAGAUGCUUCAUCGGCCAUGGAAUCUGAAGGUUUCAUCUUGCUGGACAUUAGACCGAUAUGGGAAAGAGAGAAAGCCCACGUGUCAGGUUCUCAUCACGUGCCUCUCUUCGUCGAGGAUCCUGAUAAUGGGUUAUUGACACUUUUAAAGAAAUGGGUUCAUUUUGGAUACAUUGGUCUAUGGACUGGUCAGAAUUUCACCAUGAUUAAUUCUGAGUUUCUUCAACAAGUUGAAACUAAGUUUCCUUCAAAGGAUUCUAAGAUACUUGUUGCUUGUGGAGAAGGGCUCAGGUCGAUGGUGGCAGUUUCGAAAUUAUAUGGAGGAGGAGGAUAUAGAAAAUUGGGAUGGUUGGUUGGAGGAUUUAACAGAGCUGUUGAUGGAGAUUUUGGUGAUGUUGAAGGACCGGAGAAGUUGCAAUAUGCCACCAUUGGUGGUGCUUCAUAUUUCUUUCUUAAGGUGAUUUUAUUUGUACAAGCUCUUGGAAAGCAGAUCACUUGAUUACUCUAAAUUCUCCAAACAUUUUUUUUAUUAUAUGAUUAUUGUGACAUGUUUA